AGUUCCAGAUGCAGAGCGUCGCCAGGCCCACCUCAGGUUGAUCGCAGACUCCCACGCUCUGAAGCCGCUAGCCCUCCAAUGUGUGAAGAAGGAGGAGAACGAGCGUCCCUCAGCUCAACAGCUCAGUGAGAGGCUGUCUGAACUGAAACAGUCCUCUCAGUACACAGAGAGCAGGGAACAGACAGAGCACAGCAGUGAAAUCGAACAACUUCAGCUACAACUUCGAAGCUUGACCGAUACUAAAGCAAGAGAAGCGGCGAGACAUCGGGAACAAAUUUCAGGCUUAGAGAACAGGCAAAGGAUACACAGCUUCAAGAAAAGCAUCAAGCUAUGGAAGUUGCGAUAGCUAGCAGGUAUGAGGCACAAAAGGAGCUACAAGCCAGUGAGCAGUUGGUGGCAGAGUUUCAGAAUAGCUUGCAGCUGAAAGACAAGGCCAUCGCUGACUUACAGAGGACCAUAUCAGACCACGAGAGAAAGAUUCAGCAGGGGAGACAGGGCCAGGGGAGACCAACAGCAAGCCUCAGCACCACAGACAGCUGUGGCAGUAGAUUUAAGCGAGAAGAAGUGGAGUAAGGGAAAGAAUGCACCAGAAACAAUGAGCAGCUCUUGUGCUGCAUCAGUGGUAUAUGGCAACUCAGCAUUUUUCGCAUGUGGACAUCGGGUCUACUCAUACUGGAACAUUUCAGGGAACGAACAAUGGUCUCGGCUCCCAAAUAACCCUAAUGUAGAGUUUGGUCUGGCAGUUAUUGAUGGUCUUGUGACUAGUGUUGGUGGCGACGGUCCCACUAACACUCUCCUCAGUCUCACAGGAGAAGGUGAGAAGAAAGAGUGGUCCAAUGUCUUCCCUCCCAUGCCCACACCGCGUAAGAGUGUGGCUUGUGUCACUACUGAAGAGGCUCUAGUUGUUGCAGGUGGUACAGUUAAUGGUGUAUAUAUGGUAGGUAUUGUGGAAGUAAUGAACACCAACACUAAAGAGUGGGCAACAGUCGCUUCUCUCCCACAAGGAUCAAUGUUUUUGUCAGCAGCAUUGUUUCAAGAUGCACUCUAUAUCAGGAAUAGAACAUCAGUCUUCACCUGCUCCAUUCCCGAUCUCUUGCACCCACAACGGAUGGGUUCUCUAUGGAAGGAGAUCAGUUCUUUACCAGAGGACAGCUCCACUCUUGUAGCAUUUGGUGGGCACUUGCUAGCUGUUGGGUGGUUACACGGCUUUUACUAAACCAACAUCCAAUAUCUAUAGAUAUGACUCCCUACAUUAACUCUUGGACUAUCGUUAGUCAAAUGAAGAAGAAGCGAUAUGAUUGUCUUGCAGCAGCUCUUGGUGAAGACUGCCUCGUAGUGGUUGGGGGAUACUCUUCAACAUUUCUUGCGAUUUAUCUAACUGAUAGUGUUGAACUUUUCAAAUGAAACACCAAUAGCUAUUGUGAAAGAACCUGAUUAUUUUCUGAGCUAUUUUACAUGUACGUA